AUGACUGAAGACCGGCUAUCAAAUUUGGCCAUAUUGAGCAUAGAAAGCAACAUAGCUCAAACCAUUGAUUUUGAUAACUUUAAAGGUAGUUUUAGGGUGGAAAGAUCUACUGCAUACAAUAUUGUAGAAAAGUUUGAAAAUUCCAUUUUCUUUCCAAGAAAAAAUUUGAAUGAAUCUUCUGUCACGUCAGAAAACCAUAUACUUUCCUUUUUAUGGUUUUCUGCAAAUAAAUGUUGCCUACGUGAUGUGUCAGAACGGUUUGGUGUUGGAUUGACCACACAAUUUCGUAUCAACAACAGAGUUAUGGACUUCCUUGUUGAUAUUUCAGCUACUAUUAUAAAUUUAAAUGAAGGAACUGUUAAUUUAUCUCGAGAGUUUCAAAAAGUUUCUGGACUUCCUGGUGUAAUCGGGUGCAUCGACGGAUCUUCAAUACCUAUAAGAACUCCUGCUCACAAACUUAAAAGUACAUAUACCAAUAGGCAUGAUAUGCCAUCUAUUACCCUGCAAGCUAUAUGUGACUACAAAAAAAAAUUUAUUGAUGUAUUCACCGGUGCACCAGGAAAAAUCCAUGAUUCAAGAGUAUUUGCUCUGUCAGACAUUAGUAAAGAGCUCCCUCUAAUAUGCGAAAAUAAAUACCAUAUUAUUGGAGAUGGUGCUUAUAGUAUAAGAGAUUGGCUAUUAGUACCAUACAAAAAUUAUGGAAACUUAACAGACACCCAAAUUAAAUUUAACAAAAUGUUAUGUGGUACUAGAGUUUUAAUUGAAAAUUCAUUUGGACUACUAAAAUCGCGGUUCAGACAACUACUUCAGGUUGAUAUACAUGAUGUGGACAAAAUAACUAAGUUUAUUAUUUCAUGUUGUGUAUUACACAAUAUGUGUAUUGAUAUGGAAGAUUACAUUGAGUUGGAUAAUGAAAUACUGUUAACACUAGCAGCAGAGCCAAAUGUUUAUUCAAUCGAUUCGGACACUGUCUUAAGAAAAAAAGGAGAAGCUAAACGCGAGGCACUAAAAAAUAGCUUACAAUAUUUUCAGUGCUACACUUCUGAUGAAUGA